CACCCUGGAAAGAGUUUUAUGUUUGGCGUCGAAAUACUUCGAGGCAGUAUGAUCCGGUACAUACUCACACAAAUGACUAACCCAGGGGACUUGCUACCAACAUAUGUAAAUCAUAUCUCUUCAACAAGGACGUUGAGCAUAAUGUACCUAAAGUGCAUUAAAAGCAAUACAAAUCUAAAUAACGUUAGCAAAGAUCUUCCGCCCAGUCAUUUCCUAAAAGCACUCUGGAAAGAGUUUUAUGUUAGGCGUCGACCGCAACGCUUCGAGACAUGUCCGUUACAUACUCACACAAAGGACUAA